AUGGACCAGAAGGAGAUCGUUGCCGAGUACAAGAGGCAAGGCCUCUUCGACGCACGGAGGAAGCAGUUCUUUGACACCUUUGUAGCAGACGAGACGAGGCAGCAGCAGUUGAAGGAGCUGAUCGGCGAGCUGGUGAAGUGUAAGAUUGAGAAAGAACCCGAGCUAUUCAGUAAAAACCGGGGGAAGGUUUCUGCGUUGAUACAGACAGAGCUUGUGAAACGGCAUGUUGAGCGAGAAAAGCUGAGCACCAGCGGUGGCAGGGCCGACGGCGAAGCGGGCGACGGUGCUGGCAGUGGCAAGGACGGCAGGUACUCCGACACCGAGCUGCUCGACCGCAUCAACGAUCUGCUGGACUCCUACGUCGCGUCGGUGGAGGGCAGUGAGCAGGUCCAGGGCGAGAUCAUCAGCCAGCUCAACGGGUAG